CCUUCCCAAACUUCCUCCCCAAAUCUCCCUGUCAGACUACCCCUAAUGCCCCACCUGCGAUCCACACUCCUCUUCGCAACCUCUCCAGCCUUUCCACGUUCCACACCCCUCUUCGCAACCUCUCCAGCCUUUCCACGUUCCACGUUCCAUCCUUCCGUCCAAUUAAGCGAGCACUUCCAUUGUGCCCAACACGACAUCAGGCUCUCGACACUGUGAGUCGAAGUCGAUGCCCAAAGCUUAGCUUCUACUCCUCGAUAUGCCAUACUUUCACGAAGACUAGAACGACCGCUCGAUUUCCGCUUCUCUAGACAACGAACACUCGAAAAUCUCUAGCGUACUGCUACUCUAAGAAAGAACGACGUCAACCACCCCAACCAGUUGUUUGGGUAGUUAUUGUCUUUAUAUACCAGAUCCCGAUGUCGCUUGAACGAGAGACUCUCACCAAAAAUGACGAAUUUUUUAACGAUGCACCCACGGGCGUGACAGUUGUUGGGUCAGGGCAGAUGAUAUACUGGAAGCAGUGUACGAUUAAAGUUUACAAGACUGGAGAAGAACAGAAGCCUGUUCGAGUGAUUACAACGUGCAAUGGUCAAGCACUUGUGAGGAGGGGUACCAGUCUUUUACUCGAAGAGGGCCUAGUGGUAGAAGAAUAGGAUUGAUGUUUGGUAUUAAGCGUAAAGUUUCUUCAUGGUCCUGAACGCAUGCCAGUCCCCC